AUGUUUCAAUAACAAAGCGGGAUAGACAUAAUGACGUGCUUAAGGAACCUAAUUGCCAUGAUCUGCUCCACCGGAAAGAGACAAUUGAGAUUUUUACACGGGGAAAAACUCCGUGUAAUAUGUCCAUCAGAUAGGAAAUAGACUCUAAAAGGCAAAAUGAUUGAUAAUAACUCGUGAUGGCAAUUUGGUCUAAUAAAUUAGAUGAGUUUUCAAAAUGUGUGGAGAAAGUAUGGUCGUAACCAUGAUUAUGUUAAUUUUUUAUCUUCGACUUUCCAUUGCAAAGCUUUGUGAAAGAUCCGGAGUUCUGGAAUGCUGUCUUGGAUAUAAUUGGAACAAGAUAGAGAACAGAUGUAUUCCAUGUGGCAAGGGCUAUAUUGGACAAAACUGUAGAGUCCCUUGCCCUUCUCCGUAUUAUGGUCAGGAAUGUACAUCACUGUGCAGCUGUGCUGAUGAACAGUAUUGUAACCACGUUCAUGGAUGUAUAAAACCACAAGGGGAUGCCUGUCAAAAUCCAAUGCUAAAGCCAGAGGAAUACAUGAAAAUCACGUCUCUUAUGUGGACUGUUAUAGUUUGUCUGGUUGUCAUAUCUAUAACUUUUUUCAGUACAUACUUGUACCUCAAACACAGAAAGAAACCAAAUGUAGAUGUGUCACAGACUUUGUAAAGCUAAUAAAUUGUUUUAUUUACAUUUAUGAUUAAUGGUGUAUUUUCCAUUAAUUUUAUCUUUAUAUAUUUGCAAAUAAAAGCAAUA